UUUUUUUACGGGAACCCAGCGGUUACUUUUUAAAGGAGUGAUGCCUUUCGUCACACUUGGAGUGGGUGCGUUAUGUUAUGCUGUAGUUGGACUGAUGUAUUGCCGACCUCGGAUCACGAUGCCCUACUUCAACUCAUCAUUGCCUGAAAAUUAACUCAACUACGGCAAACAAAUCCCCAUUCUCAACAUCAAGUCAAAAUAACGCCUCUCAAGCGGCAGCCAUGUCAGUUAAAGUCAACGUCGGAAACCUAAGCCUCCGUAUCGGGACCGCUCCCCUGACACAAGAGGAGUUCGCGCCAUUUGGAGAUGUUGUCUCCAACCCACGACCGAGCCUUCUUCCAUCAAAACACGCAUCUGAAGGUGGUUCUCUCCCAUACAACGGCACCACUGCCAAUCAAGGAACAGCAAUUCGCUAUGCCGAUGUCAGCAAGCCUCAGGACCUCCUCUCACAGGCUCCUAGCAGCAAUGGCCGAUUGAUCAUGAGCCAAUUCGUCUGCGAAGCGAGAACUUUGGCACCUGCAAGCGAUGACGCUUCUCAGAGCGAGUUCGCCGUCAACAUUCUUGAACGACACCCAUUCACUUCUCAAACUUUUGCUCCACUGGCCUCUACCGCUUCAAGCUACUUGGUCAUCGUGGCCCCAUCUCUGCCACCAUCUCCCCAAGACGAUGGUCUACCUGUACCAAGUGGAGAGGGUCUACCCGGUAGAGGUCUCCCUGAUCUGAAGGGGUUGCGUGCGUUUGUAGCAACAGACCGCCAGGCUGUGACUUAUGCGGCUGGGACAUGGCACGCUCCAAUGGUAGCUCUUGGUAAGAAGGAGACAACUUUGGAUUUUCUGGUUGUUCAGUUCUCCUCUGGGGUUGACAUUCAAGACUGUCAGAUCGUCACAUUCGAAGGGCAAGACUCCAAGGAAUCUGACAUUAAAGUGCGCGUUCCGCGAGGCGGAAGAGUUACCGCCAAACUGUAGCUAAACCAAGACACGCGAUAUUUGAGGAUCGCACAAUGCGUAACCGGACAGUGGCUGAGUAGAAAUAGUUGGGCAUGCAAUUUAAAAUAUAUGCUUCAUUUACCCGAGGACUACAUAUUAUGAUAUGAAGCCCCUGGGCUUCAACGUUUCAGCUAAUCUUGAAUUGAACAAGC